UAAUAUGUUCACUGAAGAGAAUAUGAAACAUAUUUUGUUGAAAUAUUUGUGUUACCCAGACCUUAAAGCCAUGUUUUUUCCCCGCCCCUAAAAUUCCUGGGUGUUUGAGGGGAGGAGAGGCGUAGUUAUUACUUCAAGAAACGAGAAAAGUCUAGCUACCGGUUUGCAACCAGCAUUAGACGUUAAACUAGUACCAGGAGAUAAUUAUUGGUAGUACCGAAUUAUUAGGUUUUCGACUUAACAAGAGAAAGAGUGUCAUUUAUUGGAUAAAUCAGGUUUGUGCUGACAGGAAGGCAGAGUUCACACGCUCGCGCUCUGUCUCUCACACAUCCGGAUUUUCUUCCUAAAAAUUCUCAUAAACAUACAGUAUGGAAAUAUUGGACAGCAGUGAACCGUUUUUACGGUGGGACCGGAAUUUGAGUGAGCUGUCCGAGUCGGCAGAUAACGAUAACGUCCUGUACAGCACGCACUUCACUGAGCUCCUGGAUGACCUGUCUCAGGAGGCCCUGCUGGGCCAGCUGCUGAGCGACCCCUUCCUGUCAGGGAGGAGCGGAAUGAUUGACGUGGAGGAGGAACUGAGCCCGGCCUCUCCCCCACCUCCUCACAUCCAGGCCGAGCACAGUUACUCACUGAGUGGAGACUCGCGACCUCAGUCGCCCUUGUCACAUUUGACCACGGAGAAAACCAGCAGCGAGCCUGGAGAGUCAGACAAUGAGGACUGGCCUAUGGAACAGGAAGAGGAGGUAGAGGAGGAGGAGACGAGGUUCAAUGUGAAGAUCGAGCCUCUGUUAUAUGAUUCUCCAGCACUGCUACCUACAGUAACUCUCACGCUCACAGUUGAACCAGCGACCACCGCUUCCCUCUCACACACCACUCAACUCACCACACAGCUGCAGGUAAAUGAGGAGAGCUUCAGCCCACAGAUUAAACUGGAGCCACAUGAGGUGGAUCAAUUCCUGAACCUCUCACCUAAAGAGCUUGAGGCUUUGCAGAUGCCCCCAACUCCUCCCAGCUCUCAUGGCAGUGAUACAGAGGGCAGUCAGAGCCCUGUGCACCCCUGUGCUCCCUCCAGCCCCACACAAAACCCAGCUGUCCUCAAGGUGGCGCAGCGCACAACCACAACUACAACCACAACUACAACCAACUCACCCCUGCUCACUGCCCCUCAUAAGUUGCAGGGCUCUGGGCCCCUUAUGCUGACAGAAGAGGAGAGACGCACCCUGAUUGCAGAGGGAUACCCUGUUCCCACGAAGCUGCCUCUAUCCAAAUCUGAGGAGAAGGCCUUGAAAAAGAUCCGCAGGAAAAUCAAGAAUAAGAUUUCUGCUCAGGAAAGUCGAAGGAAGAAAAAAGAAUACGUGGAUGCCCUCGAGAAAAAGGUGGAGACGUGUUCCAAUGAGAACAGUGAGCUGCGCAGGAAAGUGGAGAACCUUGAAAGUACCAACAAAUCUUUGCUGCAGCAGCUGCACUCCCUGCAGGCCAUGGUGGCUGGAAAGGUCCCUCGCUCAUGCAAAAUGGCCAGCACUCAGACCUCUACAUGCCUCAUGGCGCUGGUCCUGUUUUUCGCUGUCUUCCUGGGGAGCUUCUACCAAAGCCUGAGCCCCUGCUCAUCCAUCACAAAGACUGAUCUAUCCAGGGAGCUCACCAUGCAGGAGUCUUACACGACUACAGCUCACUUCGGGGUCAAGGAGGCCCAAACACCUAUCUCCUACACCAGAGACGCCCUGCUGGCUCUGCAAUCAGCUGGAGUCACCCCCGUUUUGGACCUACUGGAAUGCGUGAGAGUGCAGCCAACGCGAACGCGGCCCAGAAAAUGGGGCCGGCGAGGCGGAGUGCGGCAGCGUCUGCUGAGGAGAGGCAAUUGGCCUCCCCUGCCGUCUAUGAUUCUCUACAACGCGAGGUCACUCCGGGCCAAGAUUGAUGAGCUUCGGAUUAACACCAAGGCAUGCUUUGAGUACCGCACCGCGAGCCUGUUGGCUAUCACAGAGACAUGGCUCCAUCAAGAUAUCCAAAACUCUUUAGUCGACAUCAAAGGAUUUUCGCUUAUCCGCGCUGACAGGACUGAACAAUCGGGGAAAAGCAGAGGAGGUGGCAUGGCGGUGUAUGUGAGUAACAACUGGGGCAAACAAUACACAGUUAGGGAAACGUUUUGUUCUCCUGACGUGGAGCUCUUGCACCUGCACUUCAGACCGUUUUAUCUACCAAGGGAGUUUGGUAGUGUAUCCGUGUGCGUUGUCUACGUACCCCCAAGCGGGAAUGCAGCUCGAGCUGCAACUCGCAUUGCGGACUGUGUACACAAUGAACUACAGCGUUCGCCAGGCGCACCGGUGUUUAUUAUGGGGGACUUCAAUCUUUGCAAAUUAGAGCUUGCGCUCUCUGGGUUCGAGCAAUGCGUCAAGUGUAGCACACGCGACAAAAGAACUCUCGAUAAGUGCUACGGUAACAUCAACAAUGCAUACGUCGCCAAACCCAAACCUCCCCUGGCCAACUCAGACCAUAAUGUCAUUUACUUAAUUCCAAAAUAUUAAACUAUGUUGAAACGCAGCAAACCCCAAGUGAAAAUUGUAACUAUGUGGACAGAGGAGGGGAUAGAAUCCCUCAAAGGCUGCUUCCUGUGUACAGACUGGGACGUUUUUCAUGAUGCCGAAAUUGAUGUGG